CCCGUAAGAGACGUCAUGAGCGUCUUACUACCCAACAUGGCGGACUUUGAUACCAUUUAUGAGUUGGAAGACGAAGAGGAUGAGCACGUAGUGAGCGAAGAACACCUGCCCAGAUACUGUCCGGAGCCCGUGGUGAUGCGAGGGGCCGGGCACAUCACAGUGUUUGGACUGAGCAACAGAUUUGACACAGAAUUUCCCUCUGUUCUCACGGGAAAGGUAGCACCAGAGGAAUUCAAAACCAGCAUCAGCAGGGUGAACGCUUGCUUGAAGAAGAACUUGCCUGUGAAUGUGAAGUGGCUUCUUUGCGGCUGCCUGUGUUGUUGCUGUACAGUAGGCUGCAGUCUAUGGCCCGUUAUCUGCCUCAACAAGAGAACGAGACGUUCCAUUCACAAGUUGUUAGAGUGGGAAAAUAACCGAUUAUACCACAAGCUGGGGCUGCACUGGAAACUCAGUAAAAGAAAAUGUGAAAGCAGUAAUAUGAUGGAAUAUGUGAUUCUUAUAGAAUUCUUACCCAAAUAUCCUAUAUUCCGACCGGACUGAGGAGGCUGUUAAAAGACUGGACGUGUGGCCCUUGAAUCUUUUAUCCUUAGUGCCUUGUAUAUACAGUAUGUCGGAAUAAAUAAGGGUCUGCACUGUUGUCUCUCGUGACGACCCUGUACAUCUCCCAGUACCUUGUACAUUAGAAUUUGCAACACUGUCACUUUGCUUUAGAGCAGAUUUUGCACAUUUUUCCCGACAGAACUAGACAUGUCCCCUUUGUUGCACUCGGAUGUGUUUUUUUUUUUUUUUGUUACAUGUGACAAACAAGUGAAACUCUAAAAAAGUGCAUUUACCCCAAAGAACCAUCAACUUGUAUCCCAUCUAAUAUAUCAGUAAUCCCUUGCAAAGAAUGUGAUGCCUCCACCUUCCUUAACUAUCCUUGCCUUAUGUAUGAUUUUUUUUUUAAUAACUCCACAUGUGAGAGGAGGAGGAAGGCACCGGGUAAUUCAACAAGUUUGUAGAUCUAAAAUGCUGUUUGUUGGGUUUCCUCUCUUUGAAUCCGGUUCUUUGCAAGUAGAUGGGAUGGUUGAAAUGCCUAACGUACAGUGUACGUCACCACCUUGUGUUAUCUCUUUACAUUUGACCCUCUGUACAUGGGAACUAGCUAGUAGAAGAACUUGACCUGUAUAUAUCAUUUUAGAAUAAGCUGUACAGUGGUAUACCAUUGUUUACAUAAAGUUACUUAGCUCUUUAGGUUUUUUUUGCCAAUAUAUUGCUGUACCAUAGUUUUGAUUAAUGCGAGAUGUCUAUGUACCUUUCUAGUUUAUAUGGACCUGUUUACCUUGUAAGCCAUAUAGUUACAAUGUACAUGAUGCCAGAGUUAGGACUGAUUAUUGCACUUGAGCCCAGUAGAAAGUCAGGAUCUCAGACGAUAAUAAUGCAUCCUGAAGAUUCAUCCACAGCAGUGCAUGUUACCACGAAGGGUUUGCCAAUCAAGACGACAUCUAAUGAGUCUUCAUCCAUUAAAACCUGAGAUGUGCAGUUGGAAGAUUUAAACUCUGCUCUUCCAAUCAUCUAUUUUUAAAAAAACAACAACCAAGUUUUGCAUUACUUUUUUAUAGUUUUGUACUUCUCCCUGUGCUGUCUUUGCUCCUCCUGAUGCGUAAGGAAACACAUCUAUGGCGUAUCGAGCAGACGGUUCUUUUGUUUCAGUCAUCUUGUCCGGUGUUAGUAUUAUUUUCCUGAAUCUUAGUCAAGAGUUUGCUGCAUUGCAUUGUAUUAGAGUGCCUCUGGAAUAGUUGGUGAACCACAGAAGAAGAGAAGUACAGGUUGAAAUCUGUUCUCUUGUACAAAGGAGAUUUUAAAUCCUCCUCCCAGUAUUGUCCCUGUUACAAUUCUUGUAAAUGUUGAUCAUGGUGACCUAAUCCCUACGGAGAGAGAAAAUAAAUUGUUGAUUUUGA